AACUGUACUGCCGCGUACAAGGUAGUAAGAGGUAUCAGGCUACCUUAAUUCGUAUUAUAAUAUACAUGUUCAAGUUCUAAAUGAGAAAUAUCCGGUUUUCCAUUUUCCUAGAAGUAAUAUUUCAGUUAUAGGAAGGAAAACAUUUUAUAGCGGAGAGGAAUGGCUGUGUUUUCAUACACGGGAAUUGUUUGUGUUUUGCUAUUUGUUUUCUACUUCUGUGUGAUAUUUGGACGUUCUAUCGAAAGUUCAGGUUGUACACUGUCUGAUGAUCCACGAUAUACUUACACGGACUUUGAUGACAAUUACAAAGAUCCAGGCUCAUUCAUUUCUGAUGGAACUACAUUGACAGUGGCAUGUACAUCACUGGAUCUGUAUGAUUUGUACACGAGUUAUGAUUACGAUUAUAAUAACGAUUCAACACCAACAAUAACCUGCAUGAACAAUGUGUUAUCUCAAAUUGAACUAGAUUGUCCUGAAGUGACACCAAACACAUGCAUGGAAUUGCAGCAUGGUAGUGUCAACGAAAAGAAUGGAUACUUCAUUGUUUCGUGUGAUAAAGGGUAUUCGUUGGAUUUAAUUUUACCAGAAAGACCACAGUGUACAUGUGAAAAUGGACAACUUAAAAGUGUAUAUGGAGGCCAAGCACCAGCUUGUAUACCAGAUAAAUGUGUGAUACCCUACGAAUUUGACGAACGUUUGUCUGUGACAGACACAAGGCGUGUCAGUCUUUCUGGAGGUUUCGUUGUUGAGGUUGGAGACUUUGUUUAUUUUAAUUGUUCAAAAACCGGUGAAUCGAACUAUGAACCUUUGAACAGAAGAUUUAAAUGUGUGAACGGCCUCUGGGAAGAAGCUGAAACAGAUCGCAACUGGAAGUUAGGAUAUGAUGGUGAAUUUCCGGCCUGCAGAAGAGCCGUAUGCGAGCCAAACUGUACAAAUGGCGGUGUUUGUUUCAAGGACGACAACUGUCGAUGUAAAAAUCUAACAGAGGGAAAACGAUGUGAAAUGUUUAUUUGUAAUGACACUUGCUUUGAGAAUGGUGGGAAAUGUGUCGGCCAUGGUAGAUGUUCUUGUCCCGCAGAACGUUUUGGUCUUAACUGUGAACAAAAAGGUUGCAUACUGCCAAAACAUGCUGCAAAAUACGGAGACCAAAGAAUUUUCAGCCCUGGAACAACGUUAUACAACUUAACAUGUGACCGUGGUUAUGUUCUUUCAUCGCAAAAUGGAAUGACGUGUCGGGAUGGCAGAACAUGGUCUCAAAUUGUUACAUGUAUUAAAGGUUGCACACUUCCAAAUAAUGCAGCAAAUUAUAAAGAUCAGAGAACAACAUUUAGUCCUGGAGAAACUUUAAACAAUUUUGUUUGCGACUAUGGUUAUGUUCUGUCAUCCGAAAAAGGAAUGACAUGUCGACAUGAUGGAUCUUGGUCAGAAAUUGUCACAUGCAUUAAAGUUUGCACACUUCCUAAUCAUGCAGCAAAUGCUACUGAUCCGAGAACAACUUUCAACCCUGGAGAAACGUUAAACGACUUUUAUUGCGAGCAGGGUUAUGAUCUAUCAUCACAAAACGGAAUGACAUGUCGACAUGAUGGAUCAUGGUCAGAAAUUGUUACGUGCAUUCAAGUUUGCACACUUCCCAAUCAUGCAGCUAAUUCUAAAGAUUGGAAAACAACUUUCAACCCUGGAGAAACUUUAAACAACUUUUAUUGCGAGCAGGGUUAUGUUCUAUCAUCACAAAACGGAAUGACAUGUCGACAUGAUGGAUCAUGGUCAGAAAUUGUUACGUGCAUUCAAGUUUGCACACUUCCCAAUCAUGCAGCUAAUUCUAAAGAUUGGAGAACAACUUUCAACCCUGGAGAAACUUUAAACAACUUUUAUUGCGAUCAGGGUUAUGUUCUAUCAUCACAAAACGGAAUGACAUGUCGACAUGAUGGAUCAUGGUCAGAAAUUGUUACAUGCAUUCAAGAUAUAAUAUUUGAACCAGAACUCCACAAACCCACAUGCCAGGAUGGUGCGCGUCAGUGUCACUCAGACGCUAUAUGUGUUGACUAUGCGAACGGGUUCUGCUGCAGUUGUGUGGCCCCAGCGUUUGGUAAUGGAAAACACUGUAUUACUACAGAACUACCCCAGAGACUGAACGGCAAAGUUUCUGGUACACUAAACGGUGUAUCGUUCGAGAACUUGGACAUGCACGCGUUUGUUGUUACCAAGGAUGGACGAGCAUACACCGCCAUCAGUCGGGUGCCAAACGAAAUUAGCUUGGGAUUGAUGACGUUGAACACAAUAGGUGGUGUUGUAGGAUGGUUGUUUGCGCUUCAAGGAGGCUCGGGAGCCAGAAAUGGUUACAUGUCCACAGGUGGACAGUUUAACAGGACGGCCCGCAUCCGCUACCAACAGGGUGAUGAGGUUGUAAUAGAACAGAAAUACCACAGGAACAACGCGCUAAACAAAAUCUGGAUGGAGACGGUAAUUAACGGCAACGUACCGUCCCUUGCUUCUGCCGAGAAACUCACCAUCGACGAUUAUAGCGAGGAAUACAAAAGAACGAGCCCUGGUGUUAUCAGGUCAUCAUCCGAUCGCACGUUCUACGUGAACAACGUAGCGUCUAGAUACACGUGGGAUCAGGUGAUAAACUACAAGGAAUGUGCAUUUGACCCGACUAAAGACGAACAAGACAGUCAGCGUCUCAGUGUUACCAGGAACUUUGUAAUAUAUGACCCAAAUGAUAAAGUUAUUAGAUUCGCCAUGUCCAAUAGAAUCCAGAGACGCACAGGUACAGAUCCAUGCGAGGAAGGUGCACAAAAUUGUGACGAAAAUGCCGUCUGUAUCCCACAAGCAGAUUCAUACAUCUGCGACUGUAAGACAGGCUUCGUCGGCGACGGCAGGACCUGUAUAGGUGAGAUUGUCAGGCAGUGUGGAAACGAGACUUGCGACGAUAAUGCAAGAUGCGUGUUCAACAAUAAAGAACAAUACCCCAUGUGCGAAUGCCUGUCGGGCUUCAGACGUGAUGAAUAUGGAAGAUGCCGACCAAUUCUCCAAAAAUGUAAACUCAUUUCUCCAUUCUAUGGAGGGGAGGUUAUUUAUAAUGACGAAUGGGUUAAUGCCUUUUACAGCUGUGACGAUGCGUAUUCCUUGUUUCCAAGUGACAUUGACUAUUCUAAUUGUACUAAACAUCGAAAAUGGAAACCAAAGCCACCAAAAUGUUUAAGAAAGGCAGAGGUAGAGAUACCUGACCACGGAAAUGUAUGUAAAGGGAAGACUGAUAUAAUUCUUCAUUCAGAAUCAUAUGCAGUAUGCUGUGACAGUGGCUACGAGCUGUACAAUGACAAUUAUUUGGAGAAAACACGUGUGCUAAUAAGAAAUAAUAACGGCAGUCUUGAACCAAAAAUUCCAGAAUGUGUAGAAGCACGUUGUGAUCCAUCCGAACAAUAUAUGGCAAAUGUUCAGUACCUCAAUGGAUCAAAUAUCACGACAGAGUUCCCAAGUAGGACGGGUGUUUUACUUUCAUGUAAAGACGGGUAUGACUACUACAGGGGUGAUCAACCAAUGAUUACACCACUGAAAAGAACCUGCAUAAAAGGAAGUAUUAAUAAAGUACCGAAAUGCAAGGAAGCAAGGUGUUUGUUCUCUGGAUACCCAAGUAAUAAAGACACCUACCAGCGUGUAUACCUUGGUGAUGCACAAUUAGUCUUUGACGAUCAGUAUAUAGAGCCAAGGCAAAAGAUUGAGGUUAUUUGCCACAAAAGUAGACAAUACGAGUUGUAUGUUAAUUCAACAGAAACACACCUAGAGGAAUUCAUUUCGGAAUGUAAACAUGGUCAGUUUGAUCAUAAAAAGGAAGAAUUUCCGAUUUGCGUUGAAAGACGAUGUUCGUUUAUUGUAUCAAGUGAAGUUUGUUUCUGGAUGGACGACAAUGAACAUUGUAAAUCUGAUAACUUCUCAAUUCCGAGUCGUUCUGGUGUGCAUAUGAGAUGCAGAGAUGGAUAUAAACUGUCUCGGUCAGAGGAUGGGAGUUCUGUAGAGGUUGACGAAGAUGCAUUGAUUAUGUGCAACAAAGGUGUUUAUGAUGAAAGCUACAGGUGUAUUUCCGAGCUUUGCGCCGUUCCUUCAGUCAAACAUGCAAAUUUGAUAAGUAAGGAUGCAAGUUCAUAUGAUCAUGGGGAAAAGAUUACCUUCGUAUGCGAUAUUGGAUUCCAUUUCUAUCAGAAUAUUUCGACUGAAGUGAACACAUUCGAAACAACUUGUAAUCUAGGACAGUGGACAGAUACUAUUCCAUCAGAAUGUAAACAAGGUUGUACACUAUCUGAUGAUCCACGAUAUACUUACAAGGACUUUGAUGGAAUUUACACAGUUCCAGGCUCAUUCAUUUCUGAUGGAACUACAUUGACAGUGACAUGUACAACACUGGAUCCGUAUGAGUAUGACAUGAGUUAUGAUUAUGAUUAUGAUUAUGAUAACAAUUCAACAUCAACAGUAACCUGCAUGAACAAUACGUUAUCUCAACUUGAUCUAGAUUGUCCUGAAGCUUCUGACUACCAUACAGCAGUUGGUUCAAAUAUCCAUUCAACUGAAAGCUCAACUGCCAAGUCACAAUUUAAUAUUGACAAAAGGGACUUCUUAGAAGUGUUUGACAAGACUUUGCCCACUGCAUUACAUAAUGUUGCGGAAAAUCAGUUUCGAAAACUUGCAGUUUCCAUACAUGGAAGGGGCAUCAUUCAGCUGUCUAAUUUGGUUAGUGAAGACACCGAAAAUGUAAGAAAUAUCAGUAAUCUGCUCUCUUCAUCUUUCUACAAAGUUUUUAACAGCUGCAGCAGACAAGACCUAAGUACCAAAGAAGCCAUAUUUAUGUCAUUUCAUGAGAUGUCCUUAGAUACCCUACAGCCUUUGGUAGACCUUGUUCAACUCAACAUAGACGAAAGACUUCCAUUCCGCCAGUUUUCUGCUGUACUUCUACAUCAGAUAUUAGAAGACCUUAUUGCAAGCAGAAGUGACUUGUACCAAAAGGCUGAAACCAAAUCUUCUACUGAACUGUCAAAUCAGGAACAACAGAUUCUUUUCUACUUAAGUGGAUUUUUUUUUAAUACAUGCACUUCAGAAAAGGCUAAAAGGAAUGAAAUCAGGAGAAAAAGAGGCUCUAGUUUCAGGACUCGAGUUGAUGCAGAUUCUACAACAAAAAGUGAAACGGACAAACAAAGUCGCAGUAAAGACGUACUUCCUGACAAGAAACAUAUUCAAAAUACACGGAAUAAAGGUUGUACACUAUCUGAUGAUCCACGAUAUACUUACACGGACUUUAAUGGAAUUUACACAGUUCCAGGCUCAUUCAUUUCUGAUGGAACUACAUUGACAGUGACAUGUAGAACACUGGAUCCGUAUGGGUAUGACAUGAGUUAUGAUUAUGAUUACGAUUAUGAUUAUGAUAACAAUUCAACAUCAACAGUAACCUGCAUGAACAAUACGUUGUCUGAUUUUGAUCUGGAUUGUCCUGAAGAGAAAUGUGUGGUGCCCUAUGUAUUUGACGAACGUUUGUCUGUGACAGACACAAGGCGUGUCAGUCUUUCUGGAGGUUCCGUUGUUGAGGUUGGAGACUUUGUUUAUUUUAAUUGUUCAAAACCCGGUAUAUUGAAAUAUGAACCUUUGAACAGACGAUUCCAAUGUGUGAACGGCCUCUGGGAAGAAGCUGAAAGAGAUCACAACUGGAAGUUAGGAUCUAAUGGUGCAUUUCCAGCCUGCAGGGCAGCCGUAUGCAAGCCAAACUGUUUAAAUGGCGGUGUUUGUUUCAAGGACGAUAACUGUAGAUGUAAACAUCUAACAGAAGGAAAACGAUGUGAAAAAUUUAUUUGUAACGACACUUGCUUUGAGAAUGGUGGAAAAUGCGUCGGUCCUGGUAGAUGUUCUUGUCCUGCAGAACGUUUUGGUCUUAACUGUGAACAAACAGAAAGUUGCACACUGCCACAACAUGCUGCAAAUUACGAAGGCCAAAUAGUUUUCAGCCCUGGAACGACGUUAUACAACUUUGCAUGUGACCAUGGAUAUGUACUUUCAUCCCAAAAUGGAAUGACGUGUCGGGAUGACGGAACAUGGUCUCAAAUUGUUACAUGCAUUAAAGGUUGCACACUUAUAAAUAAUGCAGGAAAUUAUAAAGGCUGGAGGACAACAUUCAGUCCUGGAGAAACUUUAUACAAUUUUGUUUGCGACCAUGGGUAUGUUUUAUCAUCCGAGAACGGAAUGACAUGCCGACAUGAUGGAUCUUGGUCAGAAAUUGUUACAUGCAUUAAAGGUUGCACGCUACCGAAUAAUGUAGCAAAUUCUAAAUAUAAGAGAACAACAUUUAGUCCUGGAAAGACUUUAAACAACUUUCAUUGCGAUCAAGGUUAUGUUCUGUCAUCCGAAAACGGAAUGACAUGUCGACAUGAUGGAUCUUGGACAGAAAUUGUUACAUGCAUUAAAGGUUGCUCGCUACCGAAUAAUUACAUUAAUAAUGCAGCAAAUUCUGAAUAUCAGAGAACAACAUUUAGUCCUGGAAAUACUUUAAACAACUUUCAUUGCGAUCAAGGUUAUAUUCUGUCAUCCGAAAACGGAAUGACAUGUCGACAUGAUGGAUCUUGGUCAGGAAUUGUUACAUGCAUUAAAGGUAUGUUUUGUUUAUGAUAUCAUUUAAGGCGAAGUAUAAAGCUAAACAAUUCGAAAACAAAACUAUAUGAUAUGUUAAAUGAUUUGCACCUUUAGCUGGCUCACUUCCAAAUCAUGAAGCAAUUAUAAAGAUUAUAGAAGAACUUUCAGCCCUGGUGAAACUUUAAACAAUUUUGAUAGCGAUCAUGGCCACCAAAAUGAAUGAAC